AUGGCAGCUGAGCUCCUGCUGCUAGUUGACCUCGACCGCAGCGAUGGUGGAGCUCUGGGACUUGAUGUUGAAACUGGGCGCCAGUCUCAGAACUGGGAUGGCAAGACGGUGCUGAUCAAGCACGUCAAGCCAGACGGCGCUGUUGCACGAUGGUGCCAUGAGCGUCCGGGGAGGGCCGUCCAGCCGGGCGACCGAAUCGUCUCAGCUAACGGCCUUCGCGGCGAUGCCCUGCAGAUCUUGGCGGAGUGCCAGAAGCUGGACAAACUGAAGCUCGAGAUUCAGCGUUCGCCUGCCACGGCGCCCAGAGCACCGACUCCGACGGUAGCGCCUUUGCGUCCACCUGCGGAGGUUGUGGAGGAGAUCGGCCUCAAGUUUCGGGAGGCUGCCACUGCCGCGGAGGCGGUGGCCUUGCUGCGGAAGGAACUCGGCGCAGGUUCCAUCGUCCGCUGCUGGGACAUCCGAUGGGGAGCGCAGGCGCUGCUGCGCAUUGCCCAGAGAUCCACAGCUCGCACACGGAAAGCUUGGGCAAAGGACCCAGUGGUGUCGGAGCUUGUGGCACGCCUAAGAACGGACAUCAGUCGGGCGGAGGAUAUGGCGGACGUGGAGGCUGCUCUCAUGGCUUUGGAAGGUCUGAAGCGCCUGGGAACUAUUCCUGGCGCCGCAGAGGUGGCACUGAUGGCGAAGAAGCUUCGAGCCGUUGACUCCGCAAAGGUCUCGACCAAGGCCUUCUGCCGGCUGCUUUGGCUCGCGGCGCAGCUGAGGGCCACGGCGCCAGGGCUCUCUGAGGCGGCAGGCUCACUUCGCAUUCUCCGCAGCCGCCCAGUAUCGGAUUUCGAUGGCUUCGACCUUCGGAUGCUUUUCGACGCUGCACGGCGGUGGUCUGAGUCGCAAUGGCUGCAGGAGGAGAAGGAUCUGCGGCCUGGAUCCAUCCUGGCCAAGGAGGUGUCAGUUGCCGAAGAGGGCGUCCUCACGUUCGGCUUGACACUGAAGGAGAUCUUGGAAGGCUGGAGCUUGCUCUUCAGCUUCGCGCCUGCAGCAGAGGAUGGCGCUGCAGAUGGGAAGCUGCUGCCAUCUCUCUAUGUGGCGAGGGACGGCCGCCUCUCUGCAAGCUUCGCGGACACCAAGGAGAGCUUAAAGCAGGACCUGGAGAAGAAUGCGUCGCAGCCGUGCCUUCAGGCUGGCCAACUUGCGCUGUUCUCCCUGCGUCGCUACGCCCUGACCGCCGGCGCUAGCUGUGCUGUUGGCGUGGAUGGCACGACGAUUCUGGAUGUUCCAUGCCCCGGAAACCCUGCACAAGCAGCCUCGGGGAAGCAGAGGAGCCAACAGUUGGUUUGCAAAGAUGGCUGCGGGACCAAGGUUGCGGACGGCACUGUUGGCCACAUGGUUUACCGACCACUUCGCAGCUGCCCGGGCAAAGAUGUCCCGCUUCUGCAGAAGUUGCUUUGCCGCCUUCGCGGCUCAGAUGGCGAGGGCCUCUUUCCUCAGAGCCUCUUUGCUGCCUCGGAGCUUGUGCGUCUGGCUGAGGAUUUGGCCCACCUGGAGCUUCACAGCGAUGAGGAAGCCUUGAAAUCCUUGGGGCGGGCGCUUCUCUUGCGGAGGCCAGAGCUACACAGCUCGGAACUCCAGCUUGCUAGAGGAGCUUUUGCCAUGCUGGGCCUCCCGCUUCAGCAAGUGUGGGCAUCAGUCGGUGCCAAGCAGAUGAAGCGUGGAGGGGCCGUGGUGACGAAGCAGGCCUUCGCGCCCGUCCUCACGUCGAAACGCCAGAAGGUCGAAGCCGACAUUGAGGUGCCCUCGCCUCCUCCCUCGCCGGAAUCGCUGCCGCUUCGAUGA